AUGGGGGAGAAAGCAGAGCUGGUGCUUUGCGAAGUGUGGCUGCAGAUCCUGGACCAACCCUUCGCCGAGGCCCUGAAGGACAAAACCAGCCCUCAGUCCCAGAGACUUCGGGGGCAACUGACAAGAUGGCUGACCACCGUCCUCAGGCCUCUGCAGACCUUCGGCCAAGUGGUGGUGGAGAAGUUCCAGCCUGAUCCACUGACUGCCAGGGUGACAGCCACCUUCUUCAGUCCCACGCCGGCCCAAGCCCUCGUGCAGGGCUGCGUGCUCCAGGGUCUGCGAGCCCUGCGGGAAACCGAGGGCCUCUCUGUGCAGAUGGUCAUCCCAGACCUCGCUUCAGGUCAGCCUGACACCUUCAUCCCCUGCUAUGCUGUGGCUCUCAUCAUCCUGGGUCUCCUGUUUCUUGUGCUCACCUUGGUCCUGGUGAGUGUCUGUCUGGGCCAACGGUGCCUUCCUGAGAGACAGGCUGGACCCUUGACCCUCUGA